ACACGGCUUCUUGGAAUGGCAGUCCGAGCCGACCAUCAGACGACUGCACCAUCACUGCCAGUGACCAGCAAGACUCUCAGAAACCCUCGAGAUUCCACAUUCGGGACUACGGCCUCCAGGGACCCAUCCCCUGGACGUACAUCCGACCGUCCGUCCGCGAUGAGUUCACUGUCAACGGUUCAAUCCAAGCCGUUGAGAAUUUCCGCGGAAUGGAUUCGUACGAUUCCGGAGCGAAGGAGUUCGUCUGGCCAACCGAACAAAUCGACAAUUAUCUGCGUAUGGCGGAGGAGCGAGCCCCGAAAGUUUGCCCUUAUGGAGUCAAUAGCACCCUAUCGUUUUACGACGCUUUUGACAAGUACCCAGUAAAAGGGAAAACGGUGCUGGUGGUAGGGAGUCAAAUCCCUUGGCUUGAGGGGAUUCUCUUGGCUUUUAAGGCUGGAUCGAUCACAACCGUUGAUUUUAACAAACCGGUUGCAGAUUAUCCCGGGUUGAGGCUGUGGAAUAUUGCUGAGCUGGACGCUUCAGACGAGACCUUUGACGUGGUAGCUUCGUAUUCGUCGCUGGAGCACGAUGGGCUGGGGAGAUAUGGCGAUCCGCUAAACCCGGAUGGGGAUCGGCUCAGAAUGAUGAAGAUCAAGGGUCUCUUGAAGCCAGGAGGGCUCUUCUUCCUGGGGCUCCCAGUGGGAAACGACACGCUGGUGUUCAAUGCGCAUCGGGUGUACGGUCCCAUCCGCAUGCCCCUCCUGCUCGAGAGCUGGGAGCUGCUGGACGUGUUUGGGGUGUCCAGCCUCGAAGCAGCUUACAGGGAGAACCUGAAUGCUUCCAUCAUACAGCCAGUCAUGGUGUUGACGUAG